AUGACGAUGACCUAUAGGGAGGCCACAUAUCGGGUCGAAGAUGUCGAGCAACAAGCAACAUCAUCAUCAUCAUCAUCAUCAUCAUCAUCAUCAUCGCCACUAUCACCACCACCAUCAUUGGCCCAAUCACAACAACAACAACAUGAUGCCGCCACCGCCGCCACCGCCGGCGCCCCCGAAGAAGAUGAUACUCGAACCAUGCCAGAUCGAAUUGGUCCUUGGCUUUUGAAGAGGGGUAGAAGUUCAAGUUGGACCACUUCCACCGUUGUCGGAUGUGAGACACCACCGGCCUCCGGUCCGAGUUUGAGUUCGAGUGGACAACAAAGUCGGUCUGACAGUCCGUCGGGUCGUGGAGUUGGCAGUACGGAACGGCAAUGGUCAGAAAUCACGAGAACUCUGAGGGAAGUUGAUGAACAAUUUGAAAGGAUUCAAGCAAUUUUAGAUGCCGACGAGGAGGACAGAAACAACGAUGUGAGGGGAGAAGAGGAAGAACAACAAGGAUCUAGUCAUGACAACAGACCAUCACCAAUGUCAGUAUCGAGAUCGAGAGCGAGAGCGAGAGCAAGAGCGACAACAAUACCUACGUUACCACUGGUGCCGGGACAACUACCACUACCAGAAUCGAUUCAUGUUCCUGUUCAUGUUCCUGCUGCUGCCGGCGGUCGUUCAAAGGUGAAUGUGAACGUUGACGGAAACACCGAGCCCAACAUCAUGAACAUAAGCAGAAACAACCACAGGAACUCGAGAGCCAACACCACGAACAUGAAUACAAACACAGAUAUACCACCACCACCAACACGACGCUCAACAAGAGCAAGAACGAGAACAAGACCAAGAUUGAUGACCGACGUCGAAAGAAUGGCCGAAAGUGGUAACGGUUAUUUUUGUACUACAGCUACGGGUGAUGCGGCCGCAGCCAUCAUCACCACCGCCACCACCACUUACCAAGAAGAUGGUACGAGGUGUGAGAUUUGUGGCUGUGGCGACACCGACAGAGUCGUCUUCUUGGCUCGUUCGCAGGUGUGGUUGGUAUGUACUUUGUCGUUGUUUUUGGCUUGUUCGGGUCUCAUCGUCACACCUGGCAUUUACGACCGAGCUUUCCGACGUGGGGACUUUGAUGACCGAAAAAGUCGAGAAAGAUGGUUCUUGUUGUUUUUGAUUCUACCGGUGGUUUGUGUCAGUGUCGUGCUCGCGGUGGCGUUGUACGGGUUACGACAAGUCAGGGAUGACCUGACAAACAGGACGAGGGCAAGGUGUUGCCGUAUGGCAAAGGCGAGUCUAGGGUUGGAAAACCCAGAGGUAGAGACGGGGGCAGGGGAAGGGACAUCAACGACGACCACGAGAAGAUCGAGGCAAGAUCAAAAAUUUUCAUCUCCCUUGACGGGAGGAAAAGGAAGAAUAUGGGUAGGUUGGUAUGCCAUCAUGUUUGGUGGUGUCAUGUAUUGGAUCUUGGAGAGUUGGGCCAUGCCUUUGAUUUGAAAGAGAAAAAAGCAUGAAGAAAAGAAAGAUUACAAAGGUGAAGAAGAGGAAGGAGAAAGGGGAAAAAAAGGCGGUGAAAAAAAUAGAAAAAAAAAACUCACGACCAAAAAAAAAGUCAUGAUGGAUUGGAUGAUGG